AUGCAGAUGACCUGCAGCUUCCGGGGCUCUGUGCCCCAGGGCCUGGUUCUGGAGGUGGGAGAGACUGUUCAGAUCCUGGAGAAAUGUGAAGGAUGGUACCGAGGAUUUUCCACAAGGAAGCCCAAUGCCAAGGGAGUAUUCCCAGCCAGCUAUGUCCACCUGAAAAAGGCCAUCGUCACCAACCGAGGGCAAAAUGAAACUGUGGUGCCCCUCGAAGACCCCAUCGUGACUGAGGUGACAUCAACACUACAGGAGUGGGCUUUAUUAUGGAAGCAGCUCUAUGUGAGACACAAGGUGGACCUGUUCUACAAGGUGCGUCACGUGAUGAUGGAGUUGAUCGACCUGAGGAGGCAGCUGCUGUCUGGGCACCUGACGCAGGACCAGAGCAGAGAUGUGAAAAGACACAUAACUGUCCGACUGGAUUGGGGCAACGAGCACCUAGGCCUGGACCUUGUGCCACGGAAAGAGUUUGAGAUGGUCGAUGCAGACAAGAUAAGCGUCUCAGAUCUCUACAAAAUGCACCUGUCAAGCAGACACAGUGUUCAGCAGAGCAUCACGCAGGGGGAGAGUUCACGACAGCGUCACGGGGAUCCGUGUAGAGUACCAGUGCCCCACCACCUGCUGGUCAACCUGAAGAGCUUCACCUACAACACAAUAGGAGAGAAUACUGACAUCUUCUUCUCUCUGUAUGACCUGAGAGAGGGGAAGACUAUCAGCGAGAAGUUUAUGGUGAGGCUGAAUAAGAACGGAGGACCAAAGAACCCAGAGAAGGUGGAAAGGCUGUGUGCCCUCUUCACGGACCUGAGCAACAAAGACAUGAAAAGGGAUCUCUACAUCGUUGCCCAGGUUAUCAGGACUGGUCGCAUGCUGCUGAAUGAUAGCAAGAAGGGUCCCCCGCACGUGCAGUACCGCAGGCCGUACGGGUGUGCUGUACUGGCCAUGAGCGACGUGCUGCAGACCAUUUCAGAGCUCAAGGAAGAGAAGGACUUUGUCCUCAAAGUCUAUACGUGUAACAAUGAGAAUGAGUGGUUCCAGAUUCAUGAGAACAUUAUCCGCAAGUCCAGCACCAAGUACACUGCUCCCAGCACCAACUAUGGUCUGAUAAUCUCCCUCCAGUUGCUGAGGGGAGACAUGGAGCAGGUUCGUAGAGAGAACCCACUCAUCUUCAGCAGAGCGGUGGCCAUCACACGCAAGUUGGGCUUCCCAGAUGUCAUCAUGCCAGGUGACAUCCGUAACGACUUGUACCUGACCCUUGAGCGAGGGGACUUUGAGAGAGGAGGCAAGAGUGUUCAGAAGAACAUUGAAGUAACCAUCUAUGUGCUGUAUGCGGAUGGGGAGAUACUUAAGGACUGUAUCAGUCUUGGUUCAGGUGAGCCGAACAUCGCAGAGCACCGCUCUUUUGUGCUCUACCACAACAACAGCCCUCGAUGGAGCGAGGUGGUUAAACUGCCCAUCCCUAUAGACCGCUUCAGAGGGUCACACCUACGCUUCGAGUUCAGGCACUGCUCUACCAAGGACAAAGGAGAGAAGAAACUGUUUGGUUUCGCAUUCACUCCACUAAUGAGGGAGGACGGAACCACUCUUUCUGAUGACAUCCAUGAACUCUACGUCUAUAAGUGUGACGAGAACACCACCUUCAGUAACCACGCCCUGUACCUGGGCCUACCCUGUUGUAAGGAGGACUUCAACAGCUGUCCCAGCAUCCCCUCCAGCCUCAUAUUUCAGCGCAGCACCAAGGAAAUGCUCUGGAUCUCCACUCAGCUCUCUUCCACCAAGCUCACCCAGAAUGUGGACCUACUUGCCCUGCUUAAGUGGAAGGCCCACCCGGACCGGGUUAUGGACAUCCUAGGACGGCUACGACACGUCAGCGGAGAGGAGAUUGUCAAGUUUCUUCAAGAUAUCCUGGACACAUUAUUUUCUGUACUGGAUGACAAUACUGACAAGUACGGACCACUGGUGUUCCAGUCUUUGGUGUUCAUUAUAAACCUACUCAGGGAUAGUAAGUACUACCACUUCAGGCCUGUGAUGGACACUUAUAUCCAGAAGCACUUUGCUGGGGCCCUGGCCUACAAAGAGCUGAUCCGUUGUUUGAAGUGGUAUAUGGAUCGCUCUGCAGAGGUUGUCAGACAAGACCACAUUCAGGAAGCCAUGAGGGCCCUGGAGUACCUGUUUAAGUUCAUCAUCCAGUCUCGUAUCUUGUACUCGCGGGCCACCUGCGGUCUGGAGGAGGAGCAGUUUCGCACCAGUGUACAGGAGCUCUUCCAGUCCAUACGCUUCGUCCUUAGCUUGGACAGUCGCAACUCAGAGACUCUUAUCUUCACCCAGGCCCCUCAGCCUAGCCCUGCCCCAUCCCAUGCCCCAGGCCCUGGCGCUGGGUCUACUGCCCCCCUAGCUCCAGCCGCACCCCCUGGUCAAGGCCAGCCCCUUGCCCCAGGACAGGCUCCCGGUAGUGGGCAAGCCAGCUGUACUCAGGCCUGGAGCUCCAGUGCUCCACGGCCGUCUCCUUUGUCAGCUGCUUUGUUAAACUCUUUCCCGGCCAUCUUUGAUGAGCUGCUGCAGAUGUUCACCGUGCAGGAAGUGGCAGAGUUUGUCCGUGGCACCCUGGGCAGCAUGCCAUCCACGGUGCACAUAGGACAGUCUAUGGACGUAGUGAAACUGCAGUCUAUAGCCCGCACUGUGGACAGCCGGCUCUUCUCUUUUCCAGAGUCUCGGAGGAUUCUGCUCCCCGUGGUGCUGCACCACAUCCAUCUGCAUCUCAGACAGCAGAAGGAGCUGCUGAUUUGUUCUGGAAUACUUAGCUCCAUAUUCUCUAUAAUCAAGAGCAGUUCUCUGGAUUCAUCAGUACAGGAGGAAGUAGAGAUGAUGGUGGAGUCCCUAUUGGAUGUUCUGCUGCAGACGCUGCUGUCAAUCAUGAGCAAAAGCCAGUCGCAGGAGGCGGUAAGGGGCCAACGCUGUCCGCAGUGCACCGCGGAGAUCACUGGUGAAUAUGUGUCCUGCCUCCUCUCCCUCCUCCGACAGAUGACAGUUGUCCACUUCCAACACAUGCUAGAAAACUUCCAGAGCAAAGAGGAACUUAAGGAGUUCCUGUUAAAGAUUCUGUGCGUGUUCAGGAAUUUGAUGAAACUCAGUAUUUUCCCUCGUGACUGGAGUGUCAUGAGGCUCCUCACCAGCAACAUUAUCGUGACCACAACCCAAUAUCUGUCCCCUGCUUUGCAUAAGAACUUCACAGAGGCCGACUUUGACUUCAAGGUGUGGAACUCAUACUUCAGUCUGACAGUGUUGUAUAUCAACCAGCCCAGUUUGCAGCUGGAGACUCUCAGCCCUGUCAAGAGAAAGAAGGUCUUAGACAAGUAUGGUGACAUGAGAGUGAUGAUGGCUUAUGAACUCUUCAGCAUGUGGCAAAACCUGGGUGAGAAUAAAAUACAUUUCAUUCCUGGUAUGAUUGGUCCAUUCCUGGGAGUGACUCUGGUACCACAGGCAGAAGUACGCAACAUUAUGAUCCCCAUCUUCCAUGACAUGAUGGACUGGGAGCAACGCAAGAACGGAAACUUCAAACAGGUGGAAGCUGAACUUAUUGAUAAAUUGGACAGUUUGGUGUCUGAAGGGAAAGGAGACGAGAACUACAGAGAACUCUUCAGUCUGCUAACCCAGCUCUUUGGGCCGUACCCCAGCUUGCUGGAAAAGAUAGAGCAGGAGACAUGGAGAGAGACGGGGAUCUCCUUUGUUACCUCCGUCACACGGCUGAUGGAGCGGCUGCUGGACUACAGGGACUGCAUGAAAGGAGAUGAGACAGAGAAUAAAAAGAUAGGAUGCACUGUCAACCUCUUGAACUUCUACAAGUCGGAGAUAAACAAGGAAGAGAUGUACAUCCGUUACAUCCACAAGCUCUGUGAUAUGCACCUACAGGCUGAGAACUACACAGAGGCUGCUUUCACGCUACUGUUAUAUUGGGAGCUGCUGCACUGGGAGGAGAGGCCCCUCAGGGAGUUCCUACAUUAUCCUGCCCAGACAGAAUGGCACCGCAAGGAAGGUCUCUGCCGCAAGGUCAUACACUACUUCAACAAGGGCAAGUGUUGGGAGUUUGGUAUACCUCUGUGCAGAGAGCUGGCAUUUCAGUAUGAAUCUCUGUAUGACUACCAGAGUCUCAGUUGGAUACGGAAAAUGGAGGCAGCGUACUACGACAACAUCAUGGAGCAGCAGAGACUGGAACCAGAAUUCUUCAGAGUGGGAUUCUACGGCAGGAAGUUCCCCUUCUUCCUCAGAAAUAAGGAAUUUGUGUGUCGGGGCCACGACUAUGAAAGGCUGGAGGCCUUCCAGCAAAGAAUGCUUGGAGAAUUCCCACAAGCCAUUGCCAUGCAGCACCCCAACCAACCAGACGAGGCCAUCUUACAGUGUGACGCACAGUAUCUCCAGAUCUACGCCGUGACUCCGGUACCAGAGAAUGUCAGUGUGCUUCAGAUGGACCGGGUACCCGACCGCAUCAAGAGUUUCUACCGGGUCAACAACGUCAGGCGGUUCCGGUAUGACCGGCCUUUCCACAAGGGGCCCAAAGAUCGUGACAACGAGUUUAAAAGCCUUUGGAUAGAGAGGACCACCCUCAUCCUCACACACCCUCUACCUGGCAUUUCCCGCUGGUUUGAGGUUGAAAAGAGAGAGUUGGUGGAGGUGAGUCCUUUGGAGAAUGCUAUCUACGUGGUGGAAAAUAAGAACCAGGAGUUGAGGACCUUGAUCGGCCAGUACCAACACAAACAGCUGCAUGGCAACAUCAAUCUCCUCAGCAUGACGCUCAACGGUGUCAUUGACGCUGCGGUCAAUGGAGGCAUUGCCAGAUACCAGGAGGCCUUUUUUGAUAAGGAGUACAUUGGAAGCCACCCUGAGGACACAGAGAAGAUCACACAACUCAAAGACCUGAUGCAGGAGCAGGUUCACAUCUUAGGGGUGGGCCUGGCUGUGCACGAAAAGCUGGUGCACCCAGAAAUGCGUCCCCUGCACAAGAAGCUCAUUGAUCAGUUCCAGAUGAUGAGGAGCAGCCUCUGCCAUUGUUUCUAUGUGGCCUUGCAGGGUCUGCCUGGUUUGGACAGGACUGGUUCAGUAACCAGCGCUCCCAGAGGAAUCCUGGCCUCUCACAGUCCUAUGAGCCCUGAGAGUUUCAAACUUAUGCACAGACACAGUCCCAUAGCUGUUUUGACACCAGUGCGCAACUCCUCCCCCUCUCUCUCCUCUCAUAACCCCAGUGAGACGGGGAACAUUGGGAAUCUGCUCAUCCUGGCUGAUGGUGUGGUGGUGGAGCACCCAGAGGACUUCUACCGCAUGCAGCCAAGCCCCUCCUCCUCAAGUCUUAGCUCCACCCACUCUGCACCCUCCCAGAUGAUAAACUCCGCCCCCUCAACAAUCAGGGUAGGCUCUCCAUCCCUGCCAGAUAAAUACAGACACAACAGAGAAAUGCUGAUGCUGCUGCCGCCUCACAGAGAGAGACCCAGCAGUGCAAUGUACACCAACAUCACUGAGAAUGGACAGCCAACCAACCUCCAACGAGCAUUGUUUCAUCAGGUGAUUGGUCCAUGUAAACCCUGUAGUGACCCCAACCUGUCUGUGGCUGAGAAAGUCCUAACCACUCCCAGUAGCUGGAGCUUGGACAGUGGUACCAGAGAAGCGCUCCCCUUCCUCUCUGCCCAUGUGGGCAGUGUUAUGGCACCACCCGUACCCCCACGCACUCUGCCUCAUGGACAACACCUGUCGAUGCACUUUGACGCUUUUCACCACCAGGUCAGCGACCUCCCUCCAGCUCUCCCCGCGCGCUCCUUAAGAAAGUCUCCCCUGCACCCUAUACCUGCCUCGCCCACCAGUCCACAGUCCAUCCUGGAUGGCAGUAACUCCACCCUGUCUGGCAGUGCCAGUUCUGGAGUCUCCUCCCUUAGUGAGAGCCACUUCGGAGGUCCCCCCUCCUCUUCCGAUCCCCCGGCCAGCCGCACUGACACUCUGGAGUCUGGCCCUAGCAGCCAGGCCUGGAACACCGACCAGGAGGACCUGGACUCACCCUACCUGCCUGUGAGGUACAGCGUCUCCGAGCCCGAGGUUCUGGAUGGGGCCAAGCCCCCACCCUGUCGCAGUCACUCCGCCCCAGGAGGAGUCACCCCAGCCCAACCAGGGAGCCAAAUCCAGCCCCAGGCUCCGGGUUUGGCUUCCAGCGGAGCCCCAACGUCACAGGAGGGGCUCUCCCAACCUCAAACCCAUCACCACUAUCACCAUUACUUCCAACCACACUACGGCCAUCACCACCCACCCCUCUAUCACCACCAUGAGCCGCCUCCAGCCCUACCGCCCAAACCCCACCUCAGAGAGGGGUGCAUCCCAGAGGAGGACCCCCUAAGCAACCAGUCAGCACCCGCUCCUCCUCCACCUGUACCCCGACCCAUGCCGCGCAAGAUCUCUCAGCCUGUGAUCGGCGGUGCCAAGGAGGAGCAAGCCAAAGUGGCAUGGGAGCACGGCAUCAAUGAGGAGUAAAGGGUCCAGGUUGUUUUAGAUAUUGAAUGACCCUGGUGUACAGACUCUUUCUGGACCGAGAGGGAGAAAGAAGGAGCGUGAGAAAGUGGACUGCAUAGGGGCAAGAACAAAAAGUUAAGGUGAAAGUAAU